AUGCCCCCCUCCCUCACCCUCCUCACCCUCGCCCUCGCCCUGCUCGCAGCAGCUGUGGGGACGGCAGCAAAGGAGAGCAACGUGGUAACCAUCACGUCGGAAGAGCAGCUCGAGUCGCUGACCAGCUCGACAGCCGACGGCGUCAUCGUGCUCGAGUUCUACGCGCCGUGGUGCGGACACUGCAAGCAGCUGGCGCCGAUCUACGAGGAAAUGGCCGAUGAGUUUGCCGAUGCGAGUGAGCUAGAGCCAUCGGCGAGCAUUGUGCUGACAAAAAUUGAUGCUACUCAACUGCCGGGACUUGCCUCGGAGUACAACGUCAAGGGCUACCCGACCAUCAUCAUCCUCCGUGUCCGGGAGGAGUCCUCGGCCCCGACUCGAUCGGUGUACAAGGGCGAUCGCGGCGCCGUCGAGCUCAUGACUGCCUUUGUCGCCGCCUCCAUGGACCGCCACAUCUCCCUCCUCGACUCGCCUGCAGACAUCGCAGCCUGGCGCCGCGAUCACACAGACUCGGGCGGCGCCAUCUACGUCGCCGCGCCCUCGAGCUCGGCCGCCAUCGACACCUUCUACGCCCUCGCCGACGGCCUUGCCCGCCGGCUUGACUCGGCCUUUGUCGUCGACCCCUCGGUGGCGCAAGACGUCGUCACUGUCAUGCCGCCGCACCCGUCGGGCUUCCCGCUGCCGCCCGGCGACGGUGAUGCCUUUGUCGUCGACUCGCGCCUCUCGCCCGACGUCAUGAUCCCACAGAUCCUUGCUGCCGCCCUCCCGCCGGUCGUCGUCCUCGCCGGCGAGAACUACGACCUGCUCUACGACCCCAUGCUCGCCAACCACGACACCGUCGUCCUCCUUGUCAUCUCACCAGAAGCUACCGCGACACCCGAGGCUGCCACAGACCUCCUCGUCGCCUUCUCGGCCUUCGCCGACCAGUUCCGCGCCCGCCACCCGUGGCAGUUUGCCCUCGUCCCACACAACGACGAGACAAGCUCCGUCCGCUCCAGAUACGCCCUCGACUUUCCGUCCGACACGGCCGGCCCGCUCGACGCCUUCCUCAUCGUCGAGACGCCAUUCACCGAGCCCAAGGGCAAGUAUCUCAUGCCCGAGCGCAUUCACUCGGCCGAUCUCUCGGACGCCUCCUCGUUCCUCCGGGACAUCGUCAACGGCGCCGCCGUCCCUUUCAUCAAGUCUGAGCCAGCCCCGCGCAGGGCCACCAAGCGCGGACUCACCACCGUCGUUGGCUCCACCUUUGAAAAGCUCGUCCUGAAGUCGACCCGCGACGUCCUCGUCGUCUUUACCAUCCCGGGCUGCAAGUACUGCGCCCAGUUUGAUGACAUCCUGAAGUCGUUUGCCUACGACGCCCGCCGCGUCAAGUCGCUCAUCGUCGCCAAGUUCAACGCCGGUGCCAACGACUUUCCCACCCACCUCUUCCGUAUCUCGGGCUACCCGUCCAUUUUCUUUGUCCCUGCCGGCUCCUCGGUCCCUCACAAGUUUGACGGCCCGCGCAACCGGCCCAUGCUCAUCGACUUUGUGGCCACCCACGCCCGCAACCCGUCGACGGCCAAGAAGAUAGCCAAGCUGGCCGAAGGCCACGACGAGCUGUAG